CUUUGGGCCUGCUCUUGGCGGCCUCGCUUCCAACCCUGCGUGGCCUGCCGUCACACCCGCCGAUUCUUCCUCCGCCUGACAACGCAGCCUCUUUGCCGCGCAAUCGGCGCUGGUUUCUGCUCAAGACUCACCGCCACACCAACUCUUUUGCUCAAGACAGCACAGUCAUGGGCGAUGAGGCGAAACGGGAUGUCACGCAGCUUGCUGAUCAGUUGGUGGAGGGGUUCACAGCGUUGAGCGGAGAGUACCAGGCUCUGUUCGACCAGCAAAGACAGCUUGAAUGCAAGCUGUCCUGGGCCAAGCAGCAGUAUCUCGAACUUCUGAAGCGCUUCACGCCGAGCACACUGUCACAGGAUCAUAUUGCGUUCCUACAGGACCUCGAGCGAGCCGCCGACGAACAACCUCGGGUGCGGUUGAAUGUGGUGGAUCUGUUGGCUCAGGGCGAUGAUGUGGAACGAAAGAGUCGGGCUGUAGUUAUUAGACAGGCUGAGGUCGCUGCGGCUGCCCUGCGUACUCCCACCGAGGAUGCUGGUGUCAGAAUCUGGAGCGGCCCUCAAGCGGACCCACAAACAAUAUCAUCGAAUACCAAAACGAGCAGUGUCACUUCGCCCAUGGAGAAAGACUUCACCGCACUGGGCACUCCCAGUAAGCUUGGGUGUCCAUUCGCUUCAGGCGUUGGGAGAGGCAGCUCGCUCGCUACUCCACGCAGCUCUGCUUCGAGGCUGAGCUCGCAAGACAGACGAUCCAAACGCCCAUCUUUUACCGACCCUAUUCGCGCAGAGAUAUGCGGGAACAUGCCGUCCUCCCCGUCUGUCUCCAUCGAAGGCUCUGCUGCUGUAUGCCCAAUUCGUUUCCUCGACCAGCACGAUCCUGAAGAGGUUGCGAAAUACUUUGAGAAGCACAAGCAUGAGUUGCCGAGAAGCCAUGAAGUGUGUAUCACUCGCUUCCAGAGUAACCAAGAAAGCAUCGAUCAGCUGGACCGCAAAUAUGGCAAUCUUACCAACAUGAUUCAAGGAUUAGGUCAAAAGCAUCAAGCAUGGCUGCCUGAGGAACCAGAUGAGGCAAUUGUGGAAGAAGGAGAGCAGGAGGGGAAUUCCGACUCCAAAGCAGAUGCAAAGGUCACAAAAUGGGCGAGGGCUGUUUCUGAAAGCUUACAAGGUGUGGCGUCACCUCCGGAAGAUUUACCACCAGUGCCAGCUGCAGACGACGAUAGGACGAGUCGCUUUGAUCGAAAUCUGAAGGACGUAAGGGUUGGCGAGUCUCCAAGCCGCCCAUGGGGCAUAUCGAUUCCCGCGAGGUACACAGACGCUGGAAGUUCCUCCUCAGUCGGCUCAGCGGCAACUGCAUCUCCACAGGUGCCGCUGAAGACUGACCGUGAGGUUGGUCAAACACCACAGAAGCCUGCCGGUAAAUGUCCGUUCGACCACGAGGCCUUGGCAAGGAUGAAGGCUGGAGGAGCACCCCCAGCGAUGCCUACCCAGGCAGCUACGACUACGCUACCAGGACCCAGUACAUAUCAGCCACCAAGUUUGAAACCUGAGCCGACCAUCAAGCCGGAGCCAGUGCCCCAACCGCCACUGUCACAAUCGAAGGAGCAAGAUGUGCCCAAGGUCAUUCCUCAAAUGGUCUUCAACGGCCCCGUCUUUCUGGGGUACCCUCCAGAACAACUCAUUGCACUGUUGCAGAACAGCAAUCUUGGGGGUGCUUUUCGUGGUGCUUAGGGUGGAUUCUUUCAUUUCGGUGUUCAUGCUCCAUCUAGCGUGCGUGCAAUGGUUACCACUCUGAGCGUUCUGCAUGCCUUUAUUUUAUCCUUCAUCUUUCGUUUUUGAGCAUUUUUUUUACCCCCUGUAGGCAUGGAGUUCUAGCGCCCUGCAUGACCAACAACGAUAAA